GGGGGGGUUAUGUUCAAAAGGUUUCUAAUCUCCUUGACAUUUAAACACACAUAUUUUUUUUGAUUCGAAUAUUGCCAAAGAGCGAAUACCCUGUUUCUUUUCCUCUCCUAUUUUUUUAUUUAUCAUAUACACUUACAUGACUGUAUCAUUUUGAUCAACUGAACAACCACUAAUGUUAGCUACUUCGGAGAUAAACAUAUCCCAAGCAAAGAAGGCACCAGAUGUCCAUGUUAAAAUACUUGCUGAUGGAAAGGUUUUGAAAGUGCAAAAGACAAGACAAAGGAGAAUUUUGAGUUGUAUUCAUUGUCAUUCCAAGAAGAUCAAAUGCUCCCGAGCAGUUCCAACCUGUGAUCAUUGCCAGAAGCUAGGUAUAGAUUGCCAGUACUUUGUUAAUGAAAGAAUUAGCAAAGGUGGGAAACGCAAGAAGAAGUCAAGAUCAUCAUUCCAAAAUGGCAGUGCAGCAAGUAAUAGUACAAGUGACACCAGUUCCAUCAGUAGGGAAGAUUCCAAAAUCUUGAAACAGGAAUCAAGUGAAAUGGAGAUGGAGAUGGAGAACUCAAGUAAAAGUAGUACGAAUGACCAUCCACAAUCACAGGAGAUGACGAUUCAGGACAACAAGUUGAUGGAAACCUUAAGCUCCAACUUCCCUAAUCUACCGAAGUCUUUGUUACAGACACCUGUGAUGAAUAGUAUGAGCAACAAUAUGACCAAUUCAUAUUUUUCAAAUACAAAUGGCUCCACCAAUGCAAACGCAGACCACGAGAAGGAAGAUCAGUAUUCAUUCAACUUAAGUUCUUUCACUUACGCCAGCUAUCAGGGAAGUCAUCCUCAUACUCAAAGCUAUAAUAAGCUUGUAAAUCAAGACCUCCAUUCUAGUCUUUCGAGUCACAAUAAUAGCAGCACCAACAUAAGUUCGCUUUUUGCCAAAAAUCCAAGCCAUAUAUAUCCACAAAAUAGCAUCAUGGAUCAUUCUAAGAGUCAUCUACAUCAGAAUACCCAAGGACCCCAGACUUUCCGUAACCCAGCAUCACCGCACUAUCCUAAUUCCGCCUCUUUUGAAAUCUCCGAACGGUUGGAUAAUACAAAGAACUUUUUGAACGGUACAAAUACAUACUAUGACAAUGAAAACUUGUUAGAGGAUUUGGAAAAUCACUUACCCACUUCGAAGCCAAAAUCAUAUGAAUUAGUAGAAAGGUACUUAAAUUCAGUUCACAUUUUAUUACCUAUCAUCACCAAUAUCGACGACUUUGUGAGAGAACAUGAUAAGUAUUGGAAAGAGUGUAACCCUUAUGAAAAAGAGACUAACAAUUCGUUGACUGAUCUCAAUUUGUUGCAGUUCUAUACUCUAUAUUUCCCCAUAUUGUAUGCUGCAACCAUUAGUGAAUUCGAAGAGUAUGACAAUUUAUUGUUAAAUCAGGAUAUCAACAAGUAUUUGAAAGGAUUUAAUAAGAUUUGCCAGUACUACAAUUAUCCUCAUGGAUUGAAAAUCAUUCCUUUGUUAUUAGGUAAUGUUAUCAUUCAGUCUACUUCUCCUAACCCGUCUACCAUGGAAAUGUCCCUGAUAAUCAGAUAUGCUAAGUUCUUGCAAAUGAACAAAGAUCCAGUUUUUUCCUUAAAUAUCAAGAAUUACGAAAUCAUUAAAUUCAGAAGAUUACUUUGGUGGACAAUUUUUGGUUUAGAUUGCUUGACAAGUCACAAUUUCUGUCUACCACCUGUUUGUAAAUUUGAUGAUUUUAACGUCGUUUUACCCAGUGACGAGGAACCCAUUUUCAAUCAAGCAAAUGAAAUAGUUGGUUAUACCUUAAACACUUCUGUUUUAUCUUUGAACAUCAAAUUCAAAUACGACAGAAUCUUGAAUGAGUUGGUAAGCCAAUUGCACAGUGAUAAUUCGAAGAACUUAUCAAAGGAAAAGAUGAAUGAAAUAAAGAAAAUGAUUUGUGAAUAUUUUGAUUACAUCCACCUUUCCAUCAAUAAGAUGAAUCUUUAUCAUAAAAAGUUUCCACCAAAAACUGUUGGUGAAGUCAAUUUGCUCAAUUUUAUCAAAAAUCAUAGUUGGAGUUUUGUGGACAGAGCCGUUAUGUUGUUGCACAAGAAGUUCCUAUUGAAUGAACAUGACUCAACUGUGAAUAAAGAGCCGGGGUCAAGUUCUAAUUCCAAUGCUUCAUACACAUAUUCAAUCGAUUCUUACGAUGUUCAUUUGACAAAACCAAGAAAUGGUAUUUUGUCAUUUAAUCUGUUUGAAGACACUUUCCAAAGCUUAGUUGAAGAAAAUUUAAUCAAGAAUUUUGUCAAUUUUCAAAACUUGAACUUGGGUCUUGAUUUCAACCAAUUCAAUAAUUUCAGCUACAAUGAUAUUAACAAUAACUUAAUUCCUUCCAUCUUACACAACUUGAAUGAUUUCCUCAAAUAUAACGAUUUCUUGAAGUUUGGAAAGUUUAAUUGGUACGUGAAGAGAACUAUUCCUUUAGACUCUAUCAUCUUGCUUUUCAUCAUCAUUAUUGUCAAAUUCAAAUUUGAAACCAUCAAAUUCAAUGAAUUGAUCAUAUAUGUUAAGUUGAUCAACAAAUCGUUGUUCAUUCUUAACAGAAAGUGGUUCAAGAAUGAAAAGUAUAAGAGAAUGUUAUCUUUGACAAAUCUUACAUGGGAGUACAUCUUGAAAAAGUUCAAAAUCUUGCACAUCAUUAAUAAGUUUACCAGUUCUAACUUUUCAAUUACUUCAUCGAAUAAGAACAAAAUAUUCAACAAAUAUGAAUACUUCAACUAUCAGUUGACUGGGUAUUUGAAUACUACAGAACUUUUCAAAACCAUGCAAGUUGCCCAGCCAAACCUAUCGAUGGAAUUGAUCAACAAAUUGAACAAUCAAAAAAUCAAGUAUAUUUCUAACACAGGAACUGCAGCUCCAGAUUCUCCAGGUAUUAACCUUAACAUAAAUUCUUUGGUCUCCAAAUAUGACACAGAUAUCAAUCUUAUCGAGUCCAAUGAUGAUUUUAAAAUUGAGAAGGACUUCACCAUCAAUUCAAGUUUAACAGGAACUUUCCAUAUUGACGAAGACGAGUUGGUUUUAUUGCAUGAUAAAAUUUGCUUUGAUUUGAAAAACAACUACGUUGAUAUUAACGACUAUUGUGCCUUUUACAUUAGUUUAGAAAAUAUUCUUCACCAAGUCAUCAACUUUGUGGAUUAGUUGCUUGUUAAAAGUAGUUAACUGAUUCCAAAUAUAUGUAUAUUAUGAUGACUUUUAAUUGUAGUUCAAAUUUGACUACUAAUUUUGAAAUUUUUAGCAAUUACUUUUAAAGACAUGAAGGCUUAUUUGCUUUGAGAUGUAUUCCAAAUUGGACCUAAUUGUUCUCAUUGGAG